AUGAACCUCAGCGCACGAGGCGGGGACCUCUUAUUCAUCAACUUCAACCAGGACUUCAGCUGCAUCUCUGUCGGAACAAAACGCGGAUUCAACAUUUACAACUGCGACCCUUUCGGCAAAUGCUACUCCAAGACGGACAGCUCUAUCGGGAUCGUCGAGAUGUUGUUCUGCACGUCUUUGGUCGCGAUUGUCGGGGCUGGAGACCAGCCAGCAUCCUCGCCCAGAAGACUUCAAAUCAUCAACACAAAGCGUCAAUCAACCAUUUGCGAGCUCACUUUUCCAACAACCAUCCUCUCUGUCAAACUCAAUCGGAAGCGACUCAUCGUGGUGCUCGAAGAUCAGAUCUACGUCUACGACAUCAGCAAUAUGAAGCUCCUUCACACCAUUGAGACAAGUCCUAAUCCUCAUGCUAUCUGUGCAUUGUCGCCUUCGAGCGAGAACUGCUAUCUCGCCUAUCCAUCACCUACACCAUCGCCCACCUCACCCGGCGGACGGGAUGACUCGCAUGGUCCUUCAGGAGACGUACUGAUCUUUGAUGCUCUAACAUUGCAAGUGGUCAACAUUGUCCAAGCUCACAAGACCUCUGUCUCCAACAUUUCUAUCAACUCUGAAGGAACGAUGCUUGCAACUGCGAGUGACAAGGGUACUGUUAUCCGCAUCUGGUCGAUACCCAAUGCGCAGCGAUUGUUUCAAUUCAGACGAGGAUCUCAGUCAGCCAGGAUCUACUCGCUCUCCUUCAACCUCGCCAGCACAUUGCUCUCGGUGUCAAGCGACACCGAUACUGUCCAUAUUUUCAGACUCGGAGGAUCAAAUCGUCCCGGCGAUGGUCACAGAUCAAAUGGAGGCUCGAUUGACGGUUCAGCCGAAAAGGGCUCGGGAAUGAGUUCUAUUAUUCGCCGGCAGUCAUUCAACAUCGGAAAGAAUCUCGCAGGAAGUGUUGGCUCAUACCUUCCAGGAGCCAUAACGGAGAUUUUUGAGCCAUCUCGCGACUUUGCUUACAUCAAGCUGCCAACGUCAGGCCUCCAGAGUGUCAUUGCAUUGAGCUCGUAA